GGGGGGCGGGGAUUAUCGGCUAAGGCGACCGUGGCGGCUUAGGCACCAGCGACAGGCUGUGGCGGCGGCUCCUGGUGCGGCUCGGCGUGCGUCCAGCUCUCGAGUUUGGAACGGAACGCUCGGUGUCACGGUCUCGCCCGGAAACUUCGCCGCGGAGCCGCGACCUCCUGGCCCGCGCGGCCCGGCAUGAAGCGGCGCUGAAGAGCUGCUGCCGCCGCUGCCGCCGCCUCCGUCGCCGCCGCCGCCAGAGGAGGAGCCGCUGCACCCCGGGCCACGCCGAUGACUACUGCAAACUGUGGCGCCCACGACGAGCUCGACUUCAAACUCGUCUUUGGCGAGGACGGGGCGCCGGCGCCGCCGCCCUCGGGCUCGCGGCCUGCAGAUCUUGAGCCAGAUGAUUGUGCAUCCAUUUACAUCUUUAAUGUAGAUCCACCUCCAUCUACCUUAAACUCACCACUUUGCUUACCACAUCAUGGAUUACCGUCUCACUCUUCUGUUUUGUCAUCAUCGUUUCAGCUGCAGGGUCACAAAAACUAUGAAGGAACUUGUGAGAUUCCUGAAUCUAAAUACAGCCCAUUAGGUGGUCCCAAACCCUUUGAGUGCCCAAGUAUUCAAAUUACAUCCAUCUCUCCUAACUGUCAUCAAGAAAUAGAUGCUCAUGAAGAUGACCUACACAUAAAUGACCCAGAAAGGGAGUAUUUGGAAAGGCCUUCUAGAGAUCAUCUCUAUCUUCCUCUUGAGCCAUCCUACCGGGAGUCUUCCCUUAGUCCUAGUCCUGCCAGCAGCAUAUCUUCUAGGAGCUGGUUCUCAGAUGCAUCUUCUUGUGAAUCUCUUUCACACAUUUAUGAUGAUGUGGAUUCAGAGUUGAAUGAAGCUGCCGCCCGAUUUACUCUCGGAUCCCCUCUGACUUCUCCUGGUGGCUCGCCAGGAGGCUGCCCUGGAGAAGAGUCCUGGCAUCAACAGUAUGGACUUGGACAUUCCUUGUCACCCAGACAAUCUCCUUGCCACUCUCCUAGAUCUAGUGUCACUGAUGAGAAUUGGCUGAGCCCCAGGCCAGCCUCAGGACCAUCAUCAAGGCCUACUUCCCCCUGUGGGAAACGAAGGCACUCCAGUGCUGAGGUUUGUUAUGCUGGGUCCCUUUCACCCCAUCACUCACCUGUUCCUUCUCCUGGUCACUCCCCCAGGGGAAGUGUCACAGAAGAUACCUGGCUUAAUGCUUCUGUCCAGGGUGGAUCAGGCCUUGGCCCUGCGCUUUUUCCAUUUCAGUGCUGUGUAGAGACUGAUAUCCCUCUGAAAACAAGGAAGACUUCUGAAGACCAAGCUGCUGUACUACCAGGAAAAUUAGAAUUCUGUUCAGAUGACCAAGGGAAUUUAUCACCAUCCCGGGAGACUUCAAUAGAUGAUGGCCUUGGAUCUCAAUAUCCUUUAAAGAAAGAUUCAUCUGGUGACCAAUUUCUUUCAGUUCCUUCACCUUUUACCUGGAGCAAACCAAAGCCUGGCCACACUCCAAUAUUUCGCACAUCUUCAUUACCUCCACUAGACUGGCCUUUACCAACUCAUUUUGGACAAUGUGAACUGAAAAUAGAAGUGCAACCUAAAACUCAUCAUCGAGCCCAUUAUGAAACUGAAGGUAGCCGAGGAGCAGUUAAAGCAUCUACUGGAGGACAUCCUGUUGUAAAGCUCCUGGGCUAUAGUGAAAAGCCGAUAAAUCUACAGAUGUUUAUUGGAACAGCAGAUGAUCGAUAUUUACGACCUCACGCAUUUUACCAGGUCCAUCGAAUCACUGGGAAGACUGUUGCUACUGCAAGUCAAGAGAUAAUAAUUGCCAGCACAAAGGUUCUGGAAAUUCCCCUUCUUCCUGAAAACAAUAUGUCAGCCAGUAUUGAUUGUGCAGGUAUUUUGAAACUCCGCAAUUCAGAUAUAGAACUUCGAAAAGGAGAAACUGAUAUUGGCAGAAAGAAUACAAGAGUACGUCUCGUGUUUCGUGUGCACAUCCCACAGCCCAAUGGAAAAGUCCUUUCUCUGCAGACAGCUUCGAUACCUGUUGAGUGCUCUCAGCGAUCUGCUCAAGAACUUCCUCAUAUUGAGAAGUACAGUAUCAACAGUUGUUCUGUAAAUGGAGGUCAUGAAAUGAUUGUGACUGGAUCUAAUUUUCUUCCAGAAUCCAAAAUCAUUUUUCUUGAAAAAGGACAAGAUGGACGACCUCAGUGGGAAGUAGAAGGGAAAAUAAUCAGGGAAAAAUGUCAAGGGGCUCACAUUGUCCUUGAAGUUCCUCCAUAUCAUAACCCAGCAGUUACAGCUGCAGUGCAGGUGCACUUUUAUCUUUGCAAUGGCAAAAGGAAGAAAAGCCAGUCUCAACGUUUUACUUACACGCCAGUUUUGAUGAAGCAAGAACACAAAGAAGAGGUUGACUUGUCUUCAGUUCCAGCAUUGUCUGUGCCUCAUCCUGCCCAAACCCAGAGGCCUUCCUCAGACACAGGACACCCACGUGAUAGUGUACUGUCAACACAGAGAAGCUUGGUUUGUCCCGUCCAGCAAACAUAUGCAUCCAUGGUAACUUCAUGUCAUCUGCCACAGUUGCAGUGUAGGGAUGAAAGUGCUGGUAAAGAACAGCAAAUGAUACCUUCUUCAAUCAUGCACCAGCCUUUUCAAGUCACACCAACACCUCCUGUGGGGUCUUCCUAUCAGCCUAUGCAAACUAAUGUGUACAACGGACCAACUUGUCUUCCAGUUAAUGCUGCCUCUAGUCAAGAAUUUGAUCCGGUUUUGUUUCCACAGGAUGCAGCUCUUCCUACUUUAAUAAAUCUUGGCUGUCAACCGCCAUCAUCCAUACCUUUUCAUUCUUCAAAUUCAGGCCCAACAGGACAUCUUUUAGCUCACACACCUCACUCGGUGCAGACCCUGACUCACCUGCAGUCAUUGGGAUACCAUUGUUCGAACACAGGACAAAGAUCUCUUUCUUCUCCAGGGACUGACCAGGUCACAGGCCAGCCUUCCCCUCAGUUACAACCCAUUACAUAUGGUCCUUCACAUUCAGGGUCUGCUACAACAGCUUCCCCAGCAGCCUCUCAUCCCCUGGCUAGUUCACCACUUUCUGGGCCACCAUCUCCUCAGCUACAGCCUAUGCCUUACCAAUCUCCUAGCUCAGGAACUGCCUCAUCACCGUCUCUAACCACCAGAAUGCAUUCUGGACAGCACUCAACGCAAGCACAAAGUACAGGCCAGGGAGGUCUUUCUGCACCUUCAUCCUUAAUAUGUCACAAUUUGUGUGAUCCAGCUUCAUUUCCACCUGAUGAGGCAACUGUGAAUAUUAAGCCUGAACCUGAAGAGCAGGAACCUAACUUUUCAACAAUUGGUCUACAGGACAUCACUUUAGAUGAUGAAUGUAUGAUGAAGUCACAGUGCCUGGAGAAUGGAAUUCAAUAAAUAUUGCUGAAUGGCAUCUGUUUGGAAGGCACAGAGUUUAGAUGCUGGGAAUACCAGGAAUGUGUUUAGAUAGAAUUCCUGUCCUUGAGGAGACUCACACAAGUAAAGAAAGAACUUGUUCCUCUGUGGCCCUGCCAGCUUGCUGAGUCAGAUAGUGGUAAUGGUACAAGACCAGACUGGUUGACUGUAGCUGGCACAGCUGUCGGCACCAAGAUAAAAAGCUAUUUAUAUAAAUGUAGUAAGUUGGCAGAUGGAUCGCUGUUUUUAAAUUAGAGAACAAACUCUGGAAUAUUAGUUAUUUCAGUAAUUGAAAAUUCCCCAAGAAAGUAUUUUCAGGUAAUAAUUUUAGAGUUUGUUCUUGGCUUUAUCUUUUUAUAUGGUAGUGAAAUUUUGUCUAAAUAGAAAUUCAGUGAAAACAACCUGUAAGUGUUCAAUAUGAAAGUUGUAAAGACUCUAAAAACAUGGAUAUAGAAUUUUAAUUCUCUCUCUGAUUCUGUUUUUUCUGUAGAGAAUAGUGAUUCUAAGUCAGCCAUCUCUUUUACACAUCUGGAGAAGCUGAAUUUACUACUUAGUUGCAAAGCUGGUAUUAAAUCCCAAAUACCAAGCAUAAGGGGAAGGAAGUAAAUAAAAUAAGGCAUCCCCACUGCCCAGGGCUUCCACCAGAUCAGUACAUGACUGACUACACAGUAUAGUAGGCCUGAGUCAUUUACAGUCAAGUUCUAAAAGAAGCACAUUAGGAGAUCAUCAGAGAGAUGGGACAGAUUCCAUUAGAAAGAUUCAGUAGUGGGGCAACUGGCUGGCUUAGCUGGUAGAGCUUAGGACUCCUGACCUCAGGGUCAUGAGUUUGAGCUCCACAGUGAACCUAGAACUUACUUUAAAAAAAAAAAAAAAAAAAAGAUUCUUCAAAACUUCCUUGAGGAGAUGGUAUUUGAGCCAGAUCUUAGAGUAUGAGUAUGUGUUUUCAGUAAAUGAGUAUCAGAGGGCAAAUCAGGCAACAUAAGUAGAAACAGAGCUGUGUCUGGGAAAGCACGAUUCACCUUAAUGGCUGGAGGGCAAAUGGCAUAGUAAAAGAUGGCUCUCAAAGCCACGAUGGGAUGUGCCAAGUCAUUUCUAUGUAAACAGAAAGUACAGUUAGCCCUUGAACACCUUGGGAGUUAGGUACACCCACCCUCACUCAGUCAAAAAAUUGACUUAAAACUGUCAGUUCCCCAAAAACUUAACUAUUAAUAGUCUACUGUUGGUUAGAAGCCUUACUGAUAACAAUCAAUUAACACAUUUUAUAUGUUAUAUGUAUUUUAUACUAUAUACUUACAGUAAAGUAAGCUAGAGAAAAGAAAAUGGUUAUUAAGAAAAUCAUAAGGAAGGGACACCUGAGUGGCUCAGUCCAUUAAGCAUCUGCUUUCAGCUCAGGUCAUGAUCUCAGGGUCCUGGAAUUGAACCCAGCGUUGGGCUCCCUGCUCAGUGGGGAAUCUGCUUGUCCCUCUGUCUCUUCCUCACCCACCCAUCGUGUUCCUUCUCUCUCACAAAUAAAUAAAAUUUAAAAAGAUUUGAGAGAGAGUGUGUGUGUGUGUAUGAGGUAGAAGGAGAGAAUCUUUGUGUGGAGCCUGACAGAGGGCUCCAUCCCACAGCCCAUGAGAUCAUGACCUGAGCCAAAACCAAGAGUCAGGUGCUCAGCCAACUGACCCAUCCUGGUGCCCCAAAACCCAUGUUAUUCAGGAGUCAAUUGUGUAUGUGUAAACUGAAGCAACACCUACAAUUUGCGUAGUAUUUUCCUAUUCAUUAUUUCUUUUAAUCCUUAUUAAUCCGCUGUCUCUGAGAUAGUGAUCAUUUAGAGAAUUGGACUUUCUGAAGGUCACACAACUGGUAAGGAGCAGAGUUGAGACUGGAAUCAGAUCUUUUUAGUCUAAGCUUUUUUCAUGCAGUACUAUAUAGUUGCCUCCAGCAACAGCAGGCCAUGGUGGUUAGAACUCUGUGCUAAAGGAGAUUCCUUGAACUUUUUAUUUUUUUCUUUAAUUCAUAGAGGAACAUGUGUGCAGAACUUCACUGCAUGAACACAUGUUCACAACUCUAUCUGAUCUAUCAAAAUUGUGUUGGGAGUACUUGAGGGCUCUGGUAUUGUGUCUUGCUGUUCUCUUUUUGUACAGCUGGCAUAAGUGUCACUGCCUACUUAAUAAUGGUGUACAACAGGUAAAGAGGAGACUUCUAUUAUACAAAACAAAUUUAAAAUAAGGCUUUUCCAAAUAUACAUACUUUUAAAAUGUUCCUUAUUCAUUCUUUUAGCAGUUUUAGACUAUUCACCAUGCUUUUAAGGUUUAUAAUUAGAAUUUUAAUCCUGAGACAAAGAGCAAGACCUUGAGUGAUAGAUAACCUGCCACCCAUUUGUGAUGGAACUAAAGACACGAGAUUUAUUGAGCACACCUCAAAGUGUAUUCCAGCUCACUUUCUUUCCAAAUGAAGAUUUCUUUCCUCCUAAAAAGGGACCAAAGGUAGUGGAACUGCUUUUUCCAAUUUAUCAGAGUUUGAUAUUUUGGAGGCAACAAAUUGGAACUUCUGGAAAGAUUUUAUGAAAAUUUUAUUUUACCUUUUGAAUAUGUGAAAAUAUGUUGCCAAAACAAAGAAUCUGGAAAUAUGAGGCCUAUGAGGGCAGGUAUAAAAUUUUUUUCAUAUUUGUUCCAUUCAUUAUAGAGGCCACACAGUCAAGAAAAGUUCCCAGAUUGUAGCCCUACAGAAGAUCUGUUGAGUCCUCUCAUUGCCAUUGGUUCUAGCAGUAUUUAAAGGGGGAGGAACUAAAAUGCACUCCUGGGCAUCUUGGAUUAUUAGAUGUAUAAUAUUUGCCAGCUGACUCAUUGAUGAUGUUAUUUUGAUUUGCCUUUGAAGGUAAAGUUCUAGGUACUUAAUCCUACAAUUUUGCAAAGUUUUAAUACAAAUUCACUAAAAAACAACAACAUCUGAAACUUCAUAGCACUUGAAUGUUCCCUUUUGGUUAGCUUUAAAAGGAAGCCAUAGGGACACCUGGGUGGCUCAGUCCGUUAACCAUCUGCCUCCGGCUCAGGUCAUAAUUUCAGGGUCCUAGGAUCAAGCCCCAUAUCGGGCUCCCAGCUCAGUGGGGAGUCUGCUUCUCCCUCUUCCUCUGCCCCUCCCCACCCCUCAUGCUCUUUCUCUCAGAUAAAUAAAAUCUUUAAAAAUAAAAAUAAAUGAAAGGAAGCCAUAAAAUACACCAUAAAUGAUUAGAAGCACUUAGGUGAACUUUGCAGUUAGCUUAAGCUCAGGUUUUAUAUUAACUUUUCUAUAUUGUGUUAAAUAUUAAGUACAAAGUAAUUUCCACUCUACAACUGGAGGACACAAUUAUUUUUUUGUGUGUUAUACUAGUUAAAUAUAUUUACCAUCGGGGAUCCCUG